AAAAUUACGACUGUGGAAACAUUUUGAGACUUCAGAGGGAAAUUCAAAAUUCCCUUUAUUUAAUUUGCAUCAAUUCACGAUAGCAAAUGUCAUUUUUCCAUUGUGAUCGGCCUUCUAUCGGCGACAUUUCCUUUUCAAAAUCUACUCUUCGCGUGCGUGAUUACCGAGUAAGAAGCAAAAAUGACCAACUCAAAGGGUUAUCGUCGCGGUACCAGGGAUAUGUUCUCGCGCCCAUUCAAAAAGCGCGGAACCAUCCCAUUGUCGACAUACAUGAAAGUGUACAAAACUGGAGACAUUGUUGACAUCAAGGGCAACGGUGCUGUACAAAAGGGUAUGCCAUACAAGGCCUACCACGGCAAAACUGGUCGCAUCUACAAUGUUACCCCACAUGCUGUUGGUAUCAUUGUAAACAAACGUGUGCGUGGCCGUAUCAUUCCCAAGAGAAUUAAUGUUCGCAUUGAACACAUUAAACACUCAAAGUGCCGUGAAGAUUUCUUGCGACGUGUCAAGGAGAACGAACGCAAACUCAAGGAAGCCAAGGAAAAGGGUAUUAGAGUGAACUUGAAACGUGAACCUGCACCACCACGCAAAGAACACUUUGUUCGUAGAAUUGGUAAUCCAAUUGCAUUGGCACCAAUCCCAUACGAGUUCGUCGCUUAAAGUGUUUUAAGAUAAAUAAAAUUUUUAUUGUAAAA